CCAAGAAACCUUAGUAGUAAACGCUUCUUUUCUUUCUUGAGUACUUUUUUCUGUUUUAAGAAUCUCCGUUCAAUGGCGACCAAGGAAGGCAAGGCUAUAGGUAUAGACCUUGGAACAACCUAUAGCUGUGUUGGGGUGUGGUUAAACGACCGCGUUGAGAUCAUAACCAAUGAUCAAGGCAACAGAACCACGCCUUCAUAUGUGGCUUUCACGGACACUGAACGUCUGAUUGGUGAUGCAGCUAAGAACCAAGUGGCCAUGAAUCCACACAACACUGUUUUUGACGCCAAAAGGCUGAUCGGGAGGCGAUAUUCGGACCCUUCUGUUCAAGAUGACAUGAAAUUGUGGCCUUUUAGAGUUGUUCCUGGUCCAGGUGACAAGCCUCUGAUUGUUGUCACCUAUAAAGGCGAGGAAAAGCGAUUUGCACCAGAGGAGAUUUCUUCAAUGGUGUUGACAAAGAUGAGGGAGAUUGCUGAAUCUUUCUUGGGUCAUAAGGUGAAUAAUGCUGUUAUUACUGUCCCUGCUUAUUUCAAUGAUUCUCAAAGGCAAGCUACAAAAGAUGCUGGUUCGAUUGCGGGUUUCAAUGUGAUGAGGAUUAUUAAUGAGCCAACUGCAGCUGCUAUAGCUUAUGGUUUGGAUAAGAAGCAUCAAAAAAGAGGUGAGCAGAAUGUUCUUGUUUUUGAUCUUGGUGGUGGAACUUUUGACGUUUCUUUGUUGACUAUAGAAGAAGGGAUAUUUGAAGUGAAAGCCACUGCUGGUGAUACUCACUUGGGUGGUGAAGAUUUUGAUAAUAGGCUUGUCAAUCAUUUUGUUUCCGAGUUUAGGAGGAAGCAUAAGAAGGAUAUUAGUGGAAAUGCAAGGGCGCUGAGGCGGCUAAGGACGGCUUGUGAGAGGGCAAAGAGAACCCUUUCAUCGACUACACAAACUACGAUUGAGGUUGAUUCUCUGUAUGAAGGUAUAGACUUCUAUGCAACUAUUACAAGGGCGAGGUUUGAGGAGCUUUGCAUGGAUUUGUUCUUGAAAUGUAUGGAACCUGUGGAGAAGGUUUUGAGGGAUGCAAAGAUUGAUAAAUCUAAAGUUGAUGAAGUGGUGCUAGUUGGAGGAUCAACUAGAAUUCAGAAAGUUCAGCAAUUGUUGCAGGAUUUCUUCAAUGGGAAGGAGCUCUGUAAAAGUAUCAAUCCUGAUGAGGCUGUGGCUUAUGGUGCAGCAGUCCAGGCAGCAAUUUUGACAGGUGAAGGAGACUCCAAGGUUCAAGACCUUUUAUUGCUUGAUGUCACACCUCUAAGCCUUGGCCUUGAAACAGCUGGUGGGGUCAUGACAGUUUUGAUUCCAAGAAACACAACAAUUCCUACUAAAAAAGAGCAGAUUUUUUCAACCUAUUCAGAUAAUCAGCCUGGGGUGCUUAUUCAGGUUUAUGAAGGCGAAAGAGCAAGGACAAAGGAUAACAAUCUUUUGGGGAAGUUUGAGCUUUCUGGCAUCCCUCCAGCUCCUAGAGGGGUGCCUCAAAUCAAUGUGGCCUUUGACAUUGAUGCUAAUGGGAUUCUAAACGUAACCGCAGAGGAUAAGACUGCUGGGGUGAAGAAUCAGAUCACUAUCACUAAUGACAAGGGGAGAUUGAGUAAGGAAGACAUUGAGAAGAUGGUGAGAGAUGCUGAGAAAUACAAGUCUGAAGAUGAAGAGGUGAAGAAGAAAGUGGAGGCCAAGAAUGCAUUAGAGAAUUAUGCUUAUAACAUGAGGAAUACAGUGAGGGAUGAGAAGUUUGAUAGCAAGUUAAAACCGGAUGAUAAGCAGAAAAUUGAGAAAGCUGUGGAGGAAACUAUUGAGUGGUUGGACAGGAAUCAGUUGGCAGAAGUGGAUGAACUUGAGGACAAGUUGAAGGAACUGGAGAACAUUUGUAAUCCUAUAAUUGCUCAAGUGUAUCAAGGAGGUGGUGGUGGUGGUGGUCCUAUGGGAGAUGAUAUGCAUGGUGGUGGUGCUGGUGCUGGUGGAGGUUCUACUGAUGGUACUGGAGCUGGUCCUAAGAUUGAAGAGGUUGACUAAAUGAUGUUAAUGGAGUAGCUAGAGGCUUUGCAUAGAUUUUUGCCUUGGGUUAUUUUUUCUUUUGCUAGGGGUGAGCUUUGGUUUGUACCGUUCACUUUUAGAUUGUAGUAUCAGUUUCUGAAUGUCCUCUCUCUUUUUCAUCUUUCUUCUGCUCUUAGUUGGAGCUUGUGACCAUGUAAAUUGAGCAAAUGGUAGUAGCAGUAGUCUAAAAUUUCUGAA